AUGCAUCCUAAGGACGCCUCGAAGAAAAAGAGUGGCACUUCUCUGAAGAGAAGGUGUGGCAAGAAGGCACCAGACUCUUCUGCUUCCAAGGAUCCGCCUCUGCUCGCGUUACGAUUUCCCGAAAAACUGUGGAAGAUCGUCAAUGAUUGCAAAUCGGGCGCUAUCUCCUGGUCCGUGGACGGCUCGGCCAUAGCGAUUGACUACAUGAAGUUCCAGAUCAGUCCCCCUUGCAGUCUCGACAGCGAGAAGACCGGCCUUCACUUCUUUAGGAACAGAUCGUUUGCAAAAGGGCGGCCAGACUUGCUGCCGGAAGUGAAUCGCAAGAGUGGGGAGCUGCGGUCCAAGGCGCAGAAGCACCAUGAUUCCUUGUACAAGGCAGCCUUCCAAAACUGCUACUGCGGGAUCAUGCAAUACCACGGGUGCCCGCAGUGUCGCAACAAGGUGCCGCAUCACGAAUACCGCGAGGAGAUGGUCAGCCUGGAGACAUCAUCACUCGCUCACUCGUCGCUAAGCGCUAAACUACCGGAGAGUUGCACUGACAAUACGUGCCACUGCAGUGAUAUCAGGAGGGAGGACACAUCCUUAAACUCGCCAGAUUCCGCUAGUGACCCGACUACCAGCGAUGACAACUGCACAGCCAAUGACGCCUAUAAGGAAGGCUCCGAUGGUGACCAUCAGACAUGUGUCCAACCUCUACCACCUCCCGCGCCUCCUGCCACAGUCUCUACACCGCCGCGACUAGAAUCCACAGCGUUGGCCUGGUUGCUAGAGUACUUGCCGGCGUCGCCCAAGCCACCACCACCGCAGCGGCGGCGGCGGCGGCGUCGUGUGUGCCCUGUCACUCAACCUGAGGACACCAUGACGCCCAACUGCGACAUUAAAACCUUGCUUGACCCCAACGAGUCACCUAAGCGUUGA